AACUCAGCAGGCUAGGCAGCAUCGAUGGAAAAGAGUAAACUGUCGUCGUUUCGGGCCGAGACCCUUCAUCGGGACGUUGACUGUUCGCUCUUUUCCAUAGAUGCUGCCUGGCCUGCUGAGCUCCUACAGCAUUUUGUGCGUUGCUUAGAUCUCUAGCUUCUGUAGGUUUUCUCGUGUUUGCGACAAACUGCGGUAUGCUUUUGUGCGUUGGUUCUACCACGGAGACAUUGCAGCAGUGUUUGGUUGAUUAUCUAUCCAAAUGACCUAUUAAUCAGGAGGAAAAUGAGGAAGAGCCCCGGUGAUUGUUCACUCUCACCUGGUCGGUGGGGUUCGAUGGUCGGCGUGCAUAGGCGGCUGAGAUACGAGACACCGCUGGAGUAGUGGAGGAGAGUGAAGUGUUUGUUAGUCUCAGGCCAUCGAGACCAGCCAAAGCCAUGAAUCCAGGCACUAAUCGGACUUCGUGUGCAAUGGGCAAACAUAGGAGGGUCAUUAUUACCGUACUCUGUGUGAUUGCUGGUUUAGCAAUCAUUGCUGUUGCUGCAUAUUUUGUGAAGGUUGCUAUCGACACUUACUACUACUUCUGUCCCAACACUUUCAAGUUCAUUGCUCUUGAUUUGCAAUGCAAUGGGAUCAAAGACUGUUCAGGAGGUGAAGAUGAGAUUGGCUGUGUGUCAAAUUUCACCUUCCAGGAUGAAUAUCCAGUGCGGAUUUACGGACCACACUCCAUUCUACAGGUGAAAGAUUCAACAACGCAGCAAUGGGAAAGUGUGUGCUAUGAUAAUUGGCAAUCUAAAUAUGCACAAGUAGCAUGCAAUCAGCUAGCCUACUCAAGAGACCCCAAAAGUGUCCCAUUGGAAAAGAAUCUCUGGCCUUCCUACAAGAUCAUCAAUACCAACAAAAUUAUACUCUCAAGCACCAUCCAAAGUCUGUUAACAGAUGGGACCUGCAAUUCCAAUCAGAUUGUCUCUCUUGUUUGUGCACGAUGUGAACGCAGUGCAAGUGAACGUAUUGUAGGAGGAGAGGAUGCCAACAUUGAUGAAUGGCCCUGGCAGGUCAGCCUCCAGUACAAGGACCAGCACCUGUGUGGUGGCAGCAUAAUAAGCUCCCAGUGGGUGAUAACUGCCGCACACUGCUUUCCGGUGGACUACCAGCAGAUUGCAAACUGGAGGGUGUUUGCUGGAAGUGAGAGACUCCACUCUGGAGGGAGCACAUUUUCUGUCAAGAAUAUCAUCACGCAUGGGGACUAUGAUGAGUUGACCAAUGAUUAUGAUGUUGCCCUGGUGAAGUUGAGGUAUUCCCUGCCUUACACAGAUUACAUCCGUCCAAUUUGUUUACCCAACUUUAACACCCCAGCGCAAAAGAACAAAGCAUGGGUUACUGGCUGGGGCUACAGGAAAGAAUAUGGUGAAGUGUCUCCUAUGCUGCAGCAGGCCAACGUAUCAAUAAUUAAUCGAAGCAUUUGUAAUCAGGGGCAGUAUUAUGCUGGGAGGAUCACAGAACGCAUGCUGUGUGCGGGCUACCUCACUGGCAAAGUGGAUGCGUGUCAGGGUGACAGUGGGGGGCCGCUAGUUUAUCGAUACCAGCAUUGGCAGCUGGUUGGUAUCGUGAGCUGGGGCACAGGAUGUGCCCGGAUUGGUCGGCCUGGCGUUUACACCAAUGUGACUGUACUACUCAACUGGGUCUACACUAUCAUGAAUGAAUGAGGCUGAAAGGUCUGAAGAAAAAAUUCACACAGUCCUGGAUUUCCAGAAGGAUUCUACUCUUUAAGAUCCUCAAGACUCUGACUUGAACUGUUUACCUGAAUUGCUGCGCCUGUGUGGCCUAGGCUGGCAGAAUACAGAAGUAAGCACCAGCUGACUCCCUGGUCUUCAGCAUUCACACUAAAGGCCAAAACAUGUAUGCAUGGGGUUUUUAAGAUGAUAUUAACUUUGUCAACUUGAAAAUUGAAUACAAUUCUACAGUGCACUUUUUGCUAUCACAUUUUCAUGACGGGUUGAAGUUCUUUUAAAUGAAGACGGCCACAAAUGCCAAUGGGCCAGAUUUUGAUCUUUUCAAGUCAAAUGUUUUCCAAAAUUAAUUUUGCACCAAUAAUAUUCAUAGAUGACCAGAUUUAUUUUGAUUCUUGCUUUGCUACUCUAAGACUGGUGACUCAAAUGGCCAGAUUUUUGCACAGAAUUUCAAGGCUGCCAAUCAAUAAAUCCCAUUAUUGGGAGUGAAGAUUUGAUUGAUAACUUGAUUGACCUGUCAGGUAUGUCAAUGAUCACAACCCACUGAAGCCCUUCCUAGAACCAACUUUACUGUCGGAAAUAAAAGCAGCUUUUACAAAUCAAAUGUACACUUGAUAUGAGAAUUGGAGUUCAGAGAUGCAGUCUUGCCUUGUUUUAUACACCAAAUGUUGGAAUUGAAGCACUACAUGAUUAACUAUACAAGAAUUGAUCUGAUUCUGGAAGGGAAAUAUUUCAGGUCCUCAGGUAGUGAGAUUCAGUAUACCUCAAAUUAUCCAAUACAAAGGGUUAAUUUUUGUCCACGUGAGAUUUAGUUCUGAGCUGUGGAUUUGUUCCUAAACUAGACCGCACAUACAACCGGGCUGGGUUUCACCCCUGGGGAUAGAGCUGAAUGCCAGUGUAGCAAGCAGCUGUCUGCAGUUAGAUUGAAAAUCUGGGAAAUCCUAUCCUUGGGGUGCAGUCCAGCCCUGUUUCGAUGUCUUUAUGCACACUUUUGUCAUCUCUAAAAUCUCCAUUGUUGAAACUUGUUGGGUAUUUCAAUGUGUUCUGCUUUCAGGAUAAAAUAAUUUUAUUUAAAUGUCACUUUAAUUUGUAAAAGCUUUUAUUUAAAAUGAAAGCCAUUUUUUGUUGAAUUUAUUAAAUUGCACAGGAAGGGAUGUUGAAAAUGCAGUGUCUAGGCUCAGUGUCUUGUGCUUACUUCCCUUUACCAGCCAGCUGUCUGGUCUAUAUUGGGAGCUGAUCUCUGCCAGUGCAAUGGGAGGGGAGGGCAUUGGACUGCAAUGAAAUGCAGUGCCCUUUGAUCAGAGCUGAAAAGGACAUGUCACAAUUUCUAGUGAAUCCAGGUUAAAAAGCAAGAGCAAGAACAUAGAGCAAGUUCAAGAUUUGGCUAUGUAAAUAUCCCUUCUCUGUAAAUAUCCUGAUGGUGUUUACCAGCUGAGUUUGCACGUGCUUAACAGCCGGUUGUAGAAGUGCAUUCCGGUGUCAGUGAGAUGACCCAGGGGUCCCUUAAGUUGCGUAAAAAGUUUAUUCUGCAUACUGUAUUUGCAUUAGGCAAAGCACUUGGAAUGUUGAUUCUUUGUAAAUAGUGCCACAAAGUGAUUACAAAUGGAAGGCACAUCUCCAACUCAGUUUUUGUGCUAGAACAUCCUUUACUGUCACCAACCUUCAGGCUCACAUGGUCCACCUGGAUUUUAAUCCUUUGCUGGUGAUGAAUGACUUUUGUUUUGACCUUGAAAGCUUGUGACAACUUUGUAUCAAUAUGUCAUUUUAGAUUACUUUUAAAUAAAUCAAUCUUUUUAAGA